AAUUUUUAAAUUUCAUGAAAACCCCCGGUUAAUUCUUUUAAAAAAUCUAAAAAAUGAAUUGCUUGAUGAGUGAGAUUCGCGGCUAUUUGGCUUUGCUUUAUCAGAGUUAGGUACAAUUAUGUUUAUCUACUAUUCAGCUGUUGGAUUGCAGCGCGAAAAAGGGUAAUGAUUUUAACCAUGUGAUCAAUACAAACGGAAGAUGAGGAAUGUCAAAGAGUUUACUAUUUUAACAAAAAAAAAUAAACUUGCGUUUCUACCAGGGGAGAUUUUAAAAGGUGAACUUUAUCUUUGUUUUGAAAAAGCAAUACCAAUAAAAUCAUUAAAAAUCAUAUUGUGUGGUGAUGGAGAAGGCCAAUGGCUUAUUCAAUCUGCACGGCCUGAAGCUAAACAAGAUGGAAAAAAGAAGAUACUUAUUGAUGUAGGAUUGCUUGUAUUUGGAUUUGCAGAAAAUAAUGAAAAAUCAUUAGUUCACGAUCGCGGUAGGUUUGUGUACGAUUUCGAAUUUAAUAUACCUCAUAAUCUUCCUGUUUCCUUUAAGAGUCCACCAGACAAAAAUCUUGGGUAUGCUAGAUACUUUCUAAAGGCAAUUCUUUGCCGACCAAAAAAACGCGAUAAAAUUAAAAAAUUUAACAUUGUUAUCAACGAGCUUAUAGAUCCUGAUCGACCAGAGUUAGCAUUUCAACCAGGUUCAUAUAAAGAAAAAAAUGUUCGAGCUGGAUUGGUUCCUUGUGGAUCGUUAUCUCUGGAGAGUUAUUUAAACCAAUCACAGUAUGUUCAAGGGCAGAGUGUUUUUAUUAACACAAUUGCUCAUAAUAAGUCAUCAAAAAUAAUAAAAGAAGUUUACGCCAAGCUGAUAAGGAGAACCUGCUGCAAAUCACUUUGCGGGGCAAGUACUUUUAUGAUAGAUACAACUAGUUUGCAUGAGAGUCGAUUGGGACCGUAUGGAAAACUUGUAUGGACUAAUAAAGAAUUAAAAAUUCCAGCAGUUGGACCAACUAUAACUAGAAAUGAUGAUAUUAGAGUUGACUAUAUAGUUCGAGUAGGAAUGUACGAAGAAAUGGGCAGCGAAAUACAUAUAGAUUUGCCUGUUAUCAUAGGAACAAUGCAAAAUAAAGGAGAAACUGAAUUAGAUGAAGAGUCUAAAGACGUGUAUGAUCGGAAAAAAAAACAGUAUUGUCUUCAACUAGUCAAGACGGGUGAACGAGAUAUGUUUAGGCAAAACUUGCAUCAGAAAGUCGUAAAAAAAACUAGCGCAAUACCAAACAGCGAAAAGAAUAUUAAACCUUAUUUAGAGGAUGAAAUCAAUACUGCUGUUGAUAAUGAAAAAAUGUUUGCAAGUUUUGAUGGCGACGAUGAAAUUUAUUCUGAUAAUCGUCAAAUACCAAAAAGCGAUGACCAUCAAGUAUUAAAAGUUGAAAAAAAUAAAAACUAUGAAAAAAGUAAAUCUACAUUCAUUGAUGAAAAACAAAAUGAUAAGAAUAGUCAAAAUUUAAACAAGUCGCACGAUAAUGAAGUAUUAAAAAAUUUAACUUCAGAAAAAGAAAUGGAGAGGAGCCCAUCGCAAAAUGGAAAAAUUCAAAACUUUCCUGAAACAAUAGCAAUUAAUUCAAAAGGUUUAAAGCAUAAUACUUUAGAUGCACCAAAAUUUAAUGUCAAGGAUGAAAAAAAAGAGGAAGAAAUUAAUAUUAAAAGCAGCUGUCAAAAAGCAGAAAAAAAACCCAUUGACUUACAGUAUUGCGGAGAUAAUUUACCUGAAAUUGAAUAUGAAAAAAAAAGGCUGAUUGGAAAAAAUAAAUUUGAUAAAAAGGUGCAAGAAGAUAAUGAUGAUGAAUGUAAAGGUAGAAAAAUUGAAUGUGAGCCCACUUCAUUUUUGUUGAGAAAGUCAAGUUUUCCUUCUCACUCAUUAAGUAAAAAGGGAGUUAAUGCAAGUACUGGAUCAUUGAACAUCUCAAGUAGUGGAUCUUUAAAUAAAAACUUAGGGGUAGCAAAUAAAAGCUUAGAGUUGUCAAGCAACAGCAGAAGUUCUUUGAAAAAACAAGCAAAUUUUCUUUCAGAUCCUUCUUUAAAAACCUUUAAAGGUGGAUCUGAAAGAAAAGGUUUUGUUUCACCAUUCAAAAAAAGUUCGGUAUCUUUAAACAAAAGCGCAGACUCGUUAAUAAACAAAGAUUCAAAUUUGCCUCUAAAAUCAAAUUUAAAAAAAAGUUCUGGUAACUUAAAUAAUAGUACCGGAUCAAUAUCCAAUAGAGAACCACUUCCAUCAUUGUCAUUAUCCAAUAGAGAACCACUUCCAUCAUCAUCAUUGAGUACAAAUUCGUUGAAUGGUUUAGCAUCAUCAGCAGAAAGAGAACCAAUUUUUCUGACAAAAUCUUCUUUACCAAAGAAUACAGAAUCAUUAGAAGAUAAGAAAAAACUUAUUUUUUAUAAACAAAACGAGGAUUUUGGAGAAUUACACGAAAGAAAUAAAAACUCCUCACAAAACUACAGCAGUUCAGAAAAUUUAAAACCUCCCUCUUAUAAGCAAUUGACUACAAAAUAUAGUAAGAGCCAUGAUCAAAAUGAACAGAUUGAUCAAAAUGAACAACUUUUAUAUCCUAUUCAAAACAAAAAAAGUAAAGUUGAAAAAGAAGUAAAAAUUCCAUUUCAUUCAAGUACAUCAGAAAACAGUGAAACACAGCAUAACGAAGGGUAUUAUUGGAAAGAAGUUAUGGACAGCGAAGGGGAAAUGUUUGCAACUCCGCCUCAAGAAAGAAAACAAAAAAAAGACAAAAAACAUUUAAAAAAAAAGGCUUCCAAUGUUACUGAUGAAAUAGAUGAUAAAGAUGUUGACAAGAAAGAUUUGAAUGACGGAAAUCUAAAUAAAGAACUUUUUCGAAGAGACUCUGUAACAGUAAAAAAUGAAUUAUAUGGAACAAACAAACAGGAUGAAUUAUAUGGAACAAACAAACAGGAAAUUAAGCAACCAAGUAAGCUUGAAAGUAGUUCUGCAAAGGAAAAUGGAAUUCAAAAAAAAAUUAUUAAAAAAAAAUCUGAAGAAGACCAUAACUUACCAAGCACAAACUUAUUAUUAGAUGGAAAAGACAUAAUGACACAAGAUGACACAAACAUUAGUAAAAGAGGAAAUAAGUCUGAGAAUGUUAAUUCUAAAUAUUCAAAUACGAAAAACUUUGAUGUCAUAGAAAACAAAGAAAAAGAAAAAAAUGAAAAAGUUGUCGCAUCGUUAAACUCUAUUCCUAAUAAGUUUGAGAAAACUUCAAAUGCAAUUGGUUUUUUUGAAAAAAUUUUUGGAAAACAAAAACCUCAAGAGAAUCAAAUAAUCAAACCUGGAGAAGAUAGAAUGAACCAAUCAAAUAGAACUAAAACACCAAAUGAAGAUAAUUGUGAAAUACAACUUGUAAAAGAUAAUUCAUUAAGUGCAGUAGAUAAACAAAAAACACUAAAUGAGGAUAAACAAAAAAUAAAACAAAACUUUGAUACAGGUAUACCUAAAACAAUAGUCGAAAAAAAACAGGAAGUAAAACAAAAGCCAGUAGAGAAUAAACAUAAAACAUUAUCUAAAGAAAAUCAUGAUAAUAAACAAAAACUAGCAGAAGAUAAACUUAAAGCUGAAGUUUUAAAUUUAUCAGAUGAAUUUAACCAGGACGUUAAACGGACAACUGGAGAAGAUAACCAGGACGUAAAACAGACAACUGGAGAAGACAAGCAUAAAACAUUAACUGAGGAAAACCAAGAAAUAAAACAGAAGCUUGUAGAUCAUAAACAAAAAACAAUAGUUGAAGAAAACUAUGAUUAUAAACAAAAGCCUGUAGAAAUUAAACUUAAAGCUGAUGUUUUAGGUUUAUCAAGUGAAAAAAACCAGGAAAUAAAACGGAAGUCUGUAGAAAAAAAAGAUAAAACAUUCGUUGAAGAAAACCAGGAUAAUAAACAAAAAUCUAUAGAAGAUGAUCUUAAAACAUCAGGUGAAUAUGCUGUAAAAAGGGGUGAAGAAUAUAAAAAAAAGACUUUCUAUGAAGAUAAAAAGGGCGUAAAAGUAAAGACAUCAGAUGAAAGCAAGGAAGAAAUAAAAAUAAAUGAUAAGAAUAAACUUAAACCAACAGAAAUUAAAUCAGAAACAAAACACGAAGAAGCACUUCUAGAAAAAACUAUUGAAAAACAAGGAGAAAAAAAUCUUAUUUUGCAAACACUCUCUAACAAGGAUAACUAUGAAACAGCAGUUGUUGAAAACACAGACCCUGCAAAAAAAGCAUUAAUUAUAAAAAAUAACAAAGAACGUUUUGAAAAAAGAGAGGGAAAAAAUCCAGAUUUAACUGAAAAAGAAAGUGCGAAAAGCUGCAAACAAGUUAAGCAAACACAAACUCCGGCAGAAACUAAUUUUUCAUCAAAAAAUGAAAUAGUUUUAUCAAGAACUAACUUAUACCAACCAAUGAACUUUCCAAUGAACGAAGAAGUCUCUUCGGUAAGAGAAAUAAGUAAAUUGAAACAAGAAAGUCUUAAAAAUUAUGCUCAUUCGUUUGAUAAUGGUUUUGGAAAAAUUGAAAAAAAAAGUGCAGAUAAAAAUAAUUCUUUUCAAAUAGAAACGUUUUAUAAAAAAACGUCAAUCAAUAAUGAAUUAUCCAAAAAAAAUGACAGUACUCAAAAUAAUUUUAAAAAAGAUAUCUAUCCUCCUAGCCCUCUGAAAUCUUCUCAAAAAAAUUGUUCAAAACUUGCAUCAAAAGUUAAAGCGCCAGCAAACAAUAUUUUAAACAUUCGUAAUGAAAAGGAAGUAGAAAAUGAGACACACGAAACAAUUGAAUACUACUGCGAUGAUUCAAAGUGUUGGAAAGAUGAAUGGUACAAGCGCCGACCCAUUUAUCAAUCCAAUAUCGUGAGAGAAGAUCGUUUCAAUUCUAAUUCCAGUUUUGAAAAAGAACCAAUUAAAUCAAGAAUUCAAAAAGAAAAUAAUAACAACUCGUUUGAAUACGCAAAGAAAAAAAAACAACCUAAAACUCAAAUAGCAUUUGGCAGAGCCGUAAAGCUAGUUGAGAAGAAGAAUAAAUUGAAUCCGAAUGAGAUGAUUAAAACAAAAAAAAUUUCGCAACCAAAAUCUUACAACUCUUUAAAAACGUCAUCAGAUGGCAAAAAUAACGAAAAGGAUAAUCUUUAUGAUGAAUUUGAACAAAAAACUUUAUUAGGCGAAAAAGCACAAACGAGAAACUCAUUUGUAGUAAAUUCAAUAAAAUCAAAUUCUAUAACUAACAAUUCGAAAAUUAGAAAUAAAACGAUUUCAGAAAAUGUAUUUAACGAUAAAUUAACAAAUAGCGCUGAGAAGAAAAGCAAUAAGCUUUUCCAAAAAACAGCUUCAGAAAAAUAUUAUGCAAAUAGCAUACAAACUUCGGAUAUGAUUAAUAUGCACAAAUCAAAUCACCACAAAAUAAAAGGUGACCAACCUCUUUGUUAUCAAUACCAAAUAUCUUCAUGCAGUCCAGAAAUUGAAAUAUUUUCUAAUAAUCUCCUAAUAGAAGAAAACAAGUCUCUAAUUAAUAGUAAUGUUAGUACAACCGUUUCAAGUAUGAGUGCAAGACCAAUCGCAUAUCGCGUUAUGAGAACUUCUAAUGGAAAUAUUGGAACAAAUAAAAAACCUGAUGCAAGAGUUGUUACAAACAAAGUGCGUAGUUUUGCUAAAGGAGGAGACAAGAAAGAUGAACGUUGUAAAGAAGUAGUAGAACAUAAAAAUAUAUCAAAUAGCGCUGCUUUUAAUAAAAACAAAUUGCUUGAAAAACCAAAAACAACUGUUAUUAAAAGAGAUUUAAGAAUUACUGAUCAAAAUCCAAUAAAAAAUUUUGUUCUAAAUGAGAAUCAACAUAAAAUAAAACUUGAUAAACAAAGUGAGUUAAGGGAGAAAGAAAAAAGCUCAAUUCCAGUUGCGGAUAAAGCAAGCCCGAUUUAUAUGUACUUUGAUUCUUUAAAUGAAAAAGAAAAAUUAUCUCAAGAAAAUAACGGGGAUAUAAGAAGUCAGCCGUAUUUUGACAAACUAAAAGGUACCAAACUGACAACAGAUUUAAACGAUCGCCAAAAAAUAAAUAGGGCAAAUGAAUUACGUAUAUCCUUAAACACUACUGACUCAUCAACUGUUUUGAAAAACCAAACAAAUUAUAUGAGACACAACGAAAAUAAAAAUGAAGUUACAAAAGUUGAGCUAAAAUAUGGAAGAUACAAUGAAAACAUAAACGAUGAUAUUGAAACAGAGAUGAAAUAUCGAGGAUACAAUCAAGAUGUAAAUAAAAGUAUGAUAACCGAAAUAGAUUAUGAAAAAUGUAACGACAAUUUAGAAGGCAAAACAAUAUUUUUUGAUAAUGGGCAGAAACCACUUUUGCAAAAGGUUGGCUGUAAUGAGAAUAGUCAGUUUAACAUCGACUGGAGUAGAGUACCAAAGUUUAUUGAUAAUAAAAAAGACUGGCACAAACCGAACUGUCGUUGGUCCGAACAAAAACGACAAAUAGAUAGCUUAAACUCAAGCGAAAAAAUUGAUAAUUUGAAUGCCUUUUUAAUUCCUUUCAAAACAAAUUAUGUUACUAGAGAAAAAAGUAAUUUAAAUAACGCAAAUCAGCACGUCGACGGUUUGUUUCAAAAAAGAUCAAGAGAAUAUGGGAAACUUCAUUUAGAAAACGGGCAAAAAUAUAAAAUGCCUAAAAAAAACAUUAACCAAACUGUCAGUGAGUUUUCUCAAAAAGAAAUCGUAAACAAACAAAACAAUAGCGAAAAUGAUGUAAGCGAGUCUGAAGAAUACAACUUAUCUAGAAAAUUACCUAAGUUACCUAAAAAACACUUGCGUUCAAAGUCAUUUGAACCAAGUCCCAAAUCAGAAAUAUUAUCCGAACUGCUCAAAAACAGAGAAGCUUUAAGUCCAAUUUAUCGAACAAAUCUUGGUCCGAUUCACUCGUAUGUAGGUCAUAUUGAACGAUUGGACAACAAUUUAAAUAAUUCUAAAGAUUUAAUAUCAAAACUUGACGAAGAAAAUAUUAAAAAUGAAAGUUUUCCUUAUCAUCCAAUUGUAACUGAAUUGAAAUUAAAUUCUCAUGAAAAAGAACUUCAGCUUCCUUCUGUUCCUGCUAAAGAAAUAACUAGUUUAACUUUAAACGAAAAAAAUAACAGGUCGAACAUUUCUGAAAUUGUUGAAACUGAUGAUGCAAAAAAAGUGCACUCUUAUGCUUGGAUAGUAGAUAUUGAAAACGUUAAAAAAAAAGAUAAAAAAAGUUAUGAAAAACAAGCAACUGAUCUUAAUGUCAAUGAAUUAAUUUAUAACAAAACAAAGUCUUUAGGAGAUAAUGAAUCAGGUACUGUAUCGGAUACUGAUAAAAAAUAUGAUUUUGUUGACUUAAACAAAAACAUAAAACUUAACGAUUUUCGAAAAAAAGGAAAAAUAUUGCUUCCAAAAAAGUACUUUUCUUCCAACAAAAAGCUUGGUUUGGAACCAUCCAAAAAGGUUGGUUUGGAACCACCCAAAAAGCUUGGUUUGGAACCACCCAAAAAGGGUUUAUCUAGAAGCAUGUCGAUGAAAAUAAAACCUGACAAUUCAAAAAUAGUGAUGCGCAGCAGAAGUGUAGAGCCUCAUUCUUCAACUAAACACACAUGCUUAGUAUCGAUUAACAAUAUAGAAAAACCCUUUAAUGUUAGUAAUAAUGAAAGUAAAGUGAUAGAAUCUGACAUCAAUACAAAAACAUCCCACCAAAAUAAAAUCGAAGAAUAUGACGUGAAAUCAGAAAAAAACAAUCUUACAAAAAGUUUAUAUAAAAACUCAAAUAAGAGAACAAGUAAGAAAUCGUAUUCAAAGUUCAAAAUUAGUUCCAAAAAACCAAAAUACGAUGUCGACUUACUUUCAGAACGAUCGAAACAACAAAAAGAUUUUACCUACACUCAAAUAUACGCUAAAAAAAAAAAGAUACAAGUUGAAUCUCCUGGAAAAACAUAUAAAAAUGAACUUUCUUAUGUUGAUGUUCCUAAGGUGUUCAAAAAGGGAUCUAUAUUAGGAACAAAAACCCACCGCAUAAGAACAGUAUCAGAACCACUUCCUGAAAAAAACGCAUUAGAGAUUUUACCUUAUUUAACAAAAAAUGCAUGGGAGAAUAAAGAAGCAGAAGGGCGACUUGUUUCAUAUCAGUAUACUCCUAUAGAAGAGCUGACGCACGGUAGCGAAGAUAGUCAAGAUGAAAACGAAUGGUCUCAAAAAAUUAAUGAUUAUAUAAAAAAGAUCAAAGAGAAAUCAAACAUAUAUAGAGUAGAAAAUAGUACCAACUGUGGUUACCAUUCUCUAGCACCAUCAAAUCUUCCAGGUGAAACAUCGUAUGGCAAAAAUUUUUAUACUAACAAACACAAUUCAACAAAAGAAGUACUAUCUAUUUCUUCUGUAAAAUCUGAUGUUUCAAUAAAAAUACCUCCCAAAUCAGCUGUUAGACCUUUAGUUAACUCCGAUAAUAGUGAUAACUCGUAUAUGUUUAAAAAUAUAUCAUGCGUAGAAGCAGUUGCUGUAAACCACGGCAAUGGAUUAAUGAGCCAAAUAAAUAACUUAACGACAAAGACCAACAAAAGAUUUCGACUCGAAGAUAGUUUUGAUCAGCAUGAAAAGUCGCUUGGUAUUGUUGACGAAUCAGGAAAUGUUCGCAGCAAUAAACAACUCAUGGCAACAAAUGAAAGUGAAUGGAUUUUAGAAGAAAAAAGAAGGCUUCAGAAAAUUCAACAAAGGAAACAUGAUAGAUUUAUAAAAGAUUUAAAGUCAUAUAAAAUAGAUCGGCCGGCAAGUUGUCCAUCCACGUUAGGUCCCAGAGAAGCUAUUUUUGAUUAUCAUAGCAAAAACAUGUACCAAGAUGUCACCGGUAGUGAAACAGAAACGGAAUAUACAACAGAUGAUGAGGAAAGCAACGAUGAUUUUACUAACGCGUUUUGUUCCUUAGAAGAUUCAUUGCCAAAAGUUUCAAUAGAAAGCAGUUCACCGCCUGAAAAAAUAACAAACACAGAUGCAAAAACUAAUAUCAAAGAGUGUAAAUUAAAUAAUAUUCAAAACAACGGAGCAGAAAACGAAGAAGUGCAAAGCAAACAACCUAUUUUAAAAGAAAAAGCCGAAUAAUUUUUUUUUUUUGCAGAGCAUUCAAUUUUAAAGUUCAGCCAAUUUAUUCGCUAACUUUUCUUUUUCUUGUUUCUGAAGCUUUUAGAGAAGAGCGAUAAUAAAGACAAUAUUUAAAUGAUCAAAUUUAUUUGACCAAAAUUUUACAUUUCAGCCUUACACAAUUUCUUCCGAUUUCCACCUUUGAACAAAGAUUUCCUUUUUUUUUCAACCAUCAUUCUAAAGAACCAAACAAAAUUAAAUAUUAAUAUAACACUAAUUGAUAAAUUGUAUUAAAUUGUAAUAAAUGUAUUAAAUUAUUUAGAAAUUAGUUUAGUAAAUUCUCAAAUAUUCCUUAAAUAAAGGGGUUGUCAAAAUUUUUUUAUUUAAAUAAAAAUUGCACUCGUAAGAA